AUGGCAGCCGCACAAUCUACCAAAGCGCUCGUCCUCCACGGCGCCAAAGACCUCCGCAUAGAAUCAAGAACCAUAACCCCCCCAUCCGGUACCGAAGUCCAAAUCGCCAUCCGCGCAACCGGCCUCUGCGGCUCAGACCUGCACUACUACUCCCACGGCCGCAAUGGCGACUUCGUCGUCCGCGAACCCAUGUGCCUCGGUCACGAGUCCUCCGGCACAGUCACAGCCCUCGGUCCCAACGUAACGACCCUGCAAGUCGGCGACCGCGUCGCGCUAGAAGUCGGCCUGCCCUGUCGCAAAUGCUUCCUCUGCCGCAUCGGCCGCUACAACAUCUGUCCCGAGAUGAAAUUCCGGAGCAGCGCCAAGGUGUUUCCGCAUUUCGACGGAACGCUAAUGGAACUCACCAACCAUCCCGCAGAGAUGUGUCACAAGUUGCCGGAUAAUGUGUCAUAUGCAGGUGGCGCGCUUGUGGAGCCGUUGGCGGUUUGUCUGCAUGCGAUUAGGCGCUCGCAUCCGCCGUCUAAGGAAGAGGUAGCGCUGGCAGAGGAAGUCGGGGAGGGGUCGUCGGCGCUGGUGUUCGGGGCGGGGGCGAUUGGGUUGCUUUUGGCGGGCGCGCUGGCUACUGCGGAGAACUUCUCGUCGAUUGUUGUUGCGGAUAUCGACCAGGCGCGGUUGGAGAUCGCGGAGUCGUUGGGCUUGGGGCUCAAGACUUAUCUGAUUCCCAAGGAAGAUCCGAGCAACCCGGCCCCGGCUCGUGACGCGCCACACGCUGAGCAGGUUGCGUAUGCGCUGCAGAGUGCGCAGCGCAAUGCUGCGAAGUUGAAGGAGGCGAAUGGUGUGAAGACUGGCUUCUCGCGCGUGUAUGAUUGCACUGGUGUGCCUACCUGCGUGCAGACUGGUAUCUACGCCGCUGGUGCUGGUGGUGUGUUGGUGCAGAUUGGUAUGGGAAAUCCCGUGCAGACGCUUCCUGUUGGCGCUGCUGCGCUGCGCGAGGUCGAUGUGAUCGGUGUGUUCCGGUAUGAUGGGUAUGCGUACCCUGCUGCUAUCAGUUUGUUGGAGAGUGGUAAGAUUGGGCGUGUUGAGGAACGUGUUGUCACGCAUCGGGUGAAGCUGGAGCAGGGAGACAGGGCGUUUGGUUUGGCUGGAAAGGGUGUUGAUGAGAAUGGGACGCCUGUCGUUAAGGUUGUUAUUGAGAGCUAG